ACAUCGUGCUAAUGUGCUUCUCAGGUCGAGCUGCUAAUGCACUUCUCCAAGCAAUGCGUGUAAACCUGGUGUAAAUGUUUGCCGAAAAGGUUCUGUCACCGAUUGUGCAAGCACGGAAGACGUGAAAUUGCAAGAACUCCCAUAGGUUAGUCAAUAAGCAAGACCCUUCAAAUAACCCACCCUAAGGAAAUGAAUAUACAAAACGAUCGUCAAAGAGGAGACAAAAGAAGACGAUUGACCUAAUCUGUCAGCUAUGUGAAAAACACUGAGGAGCACAAAGUUCGUAUUAAGCUUGUUUACGACAAUGAAGAAACCGUUCCUGCAGGCGAAUCAGCCCACACAUGGUGAGGACUGUAACGAUGGAGCAGGACUGUCAAGUCAGAAAACCCAAGCCUGCAGCUCAAUCCUCUGAUCCCAAUGAAACAAGCCCAGGCACUCAACAUGACCUCACUGCCAGUGCAACAGAGGAAGUGGGAAGCGCCAAGGAGAACAGGGUGGAUUCUACACACACAGACCAGAGCAGUGCCCAAGAGAAGCCAGUCAUGAAAACUGAAGUAGAAACCUCCUCCACAAAACUGUGCGGGUACCUGAACAAACUGGGGGGGCCCUUGAAGGCCUGGAAAGCCCGCUGGUUUGUUUUCGAAGAGAAGAAGUGCCAACUGUACUACUAUAGAAUGUCACAGGAUGCCAAUCCCUUGGGAAGCAUUGACCUGGCUAACGCUACUUUUGGCUACCCGGCUCAAGCAGAGGAAGGGACCUUUGAGAUUCAAAUCCCAGGACGGGUUGUUGUUCUGAAGGCAUUAAACAACCAAGCCAUGCUGUAUUGGUUGCAGCAGCUGCAAAUGAAACGGUGGCAGCACAAUACCAGCCUGGUGAAAAUACCUGCAGAGCCCUUCACUACCUCCACACAGCCAUGCCAGCUGCCUUCUGCACCUCAGGAAGAAAUGACAGAGGACUUCCUCCCAGAAAUAAAGACACCCAAAGGGCUGGUCGGAGAAGCAGCAGCCUGUCUGCCAGACCCCUGGCAACAAAACUUGCUGCAAAAGUUCUCCCUCAAGCAUCCCAUCACAGAGAUACAGAACACAGUCCUCAAUAUCUGUGGAAACAAGCCAGCUCAGGAACCGAGGUGGAGUGUGUUCAAUUUUGACGUGAUUCAGCAGCCGCUGGACAGUCCCUAUGAGGAUCCUGUGACACUGGGAGAAACAACAGUGCCCCUGCCACCCACAGCACCUCCAGUCCUUUCAGCUCCUUCAGUUUCUUCAGUUACAAUCGAGCCUAUGCAGGAAGCAAGGACUGGAGGGAAGAAUUCUCCAUCAAGCAGCAUUUCCUCUUCUUUUCUAGGUCUGAAGCGCUUCUCCACACAAGUGCGACUCUCCGAGCUGGUGCGACUCCUUCACAAGACUCUGGAGGCAGCACAACUGGAGAAGAGGACCAGCAAACAGUUCCUGGCAGCAGCGGGGGAGCAGGAGCGGCUGGAGCUGGUGCGGCACAAAGAGAGGUGCAUCGCGGACCUGGAAGGCCGUCUGGAGGCCCUGCACAAAGACAAGAAGGAGCUGGAGCAGAGCCUGGCCAUGCGGGACUGCCAAGUGAACGAGCUGCAGCAGCAUGUGCAGCUCAUGAUGGAGAAGAACAACGCUAAGCAGGAGGUCAUCCUCAAGCUGUCCGAGCAGGUGGACUCCUGCAUGGCCGACCCCCAGCGUACCAUAUCCAACACCAUGGGCACAGAGACCUUCUGCAAGCUACAGGAGAAGAUGGAGCAUCUCCAGGACGAUAUAGAGGCACACAAGAUCCAAAACAAGUUCCUCAACUCUGAAAUCUACCAGCUUACUAAGCUGUGGAGGAACAGUUCAGAACAGGAGAGGGGCCUCCUGAUCAAGUGUGCCUACCUGGAGGCCAAGAACUGCCAGAUUGAGAGCAAGUAUCUGAUAGUGCUGCGCAGCCUGCAGGAGAGCAAAGUGCUGGACAGCAGUCAGCAGGAGAUGGUGAAAAGGCUCAUUGAGGAUGCAUUUCAGGGAGACGUGAAGGACGUGCUCAAACUCAACCCCAUCAGUGAAUAUGACGACUAUGGAUUCAAGACUAUUCCUGAUUACGAAGUAGAAGACAUGAAGCUCCUGGCCAAAAUCCAGGCCCUGGAGAUCCGUUCCAACAACCUGCGCAACAACGAGAUGGUGGACAAGCCCUUGCGGACCAGGUGGGCCAACUACCUGGGCAGCCGUCCUUUGGGCGAGCUGGCUCCCUCCCCGGAACUGAAGGGCCUGAUCCGGUGCGGGAUCCCUGUGGAGUACCGGGAGCAGGUGUGGCGCUGGAUCGUGAGGACGAGGACGCAGGUCUAUAGGAAGCGGAAUCCCAAUCGCUACCAAGAGCUGACGAAGCACUGCGAGGUGUCGGAGCACCCGGCCUCACGGCAGAUCAGGCUGGACCUGCACCGCACCCUCACCGGCAACAAGCACUUCUCCUCGCCAAACUCCGACGCAGUCCAAAAGCUGCAGCGCAUUCUGCUAGCCUUCUCCUGGCAAAACCCCACCAUCGGCUACUGCCAAGGCCUCAACCGGUUGGCAGCUAUAGCACUUUUAGUCCUGAAGGAUGAAGAGGAUGCCUUCUGGUGUCUGGUGGCUGUUGUUGAAAUCAUAAUGCCACAAGAGUACUACAGCAAAACCCUGAUUGCGUCUCAGGCUGAUCAGAGGGUGUUCCGUGACUUUCUUGCGGAGAAGAUGCCUCGUCUGAUGGCCCACUUCAAGGAGCACAGCAUCGACCACUCCCUCAUCACCUUCAACUGGUUCCUGGUGGUCUUUGUGGAAAGCCUGGUCAGCGACAUCCUGCUCAGAGUGUGGGACGCUUUCCUCUAUGAGGGCACAAAGGUGAUAUUUCGCUAUGCGCUGGCCCUCUUUAAGUACAACGAAGAGGAGAUUCUAAAGAUCCACGACAAUCUGGAGAUCUACCUGUACCUCCGUUUUUUCACCAAAACGAUCUCUGAUGGCAGGAAACUAAUGAACAUAGCGUUCAAUGAUAUGAACCCCUUCCCUAUGAAGCUGCUGAAGAACAGACGAGAGUUUCACAUGGAGAAGCUAACAGCCGAGCUGAAGGAGCUGGAGAGGAUACAGGAGGAGUUUGUGAAAGAACAACAAGUGGAGCGUAAAGACAAAGACCUGGACACUGCUGUCAGCGAAGACGAAGAAGAGAUACAGACUGCAGUCAGCUUGCAAUUGCACAUCACUGAUACUAGUUAAACUCAUUUGUUCGCUUUAUUAUUCCCCGCUGUGGAAUAGAUGUAUAUGUAUGUCACACAUACAUCUAGAAAACUGCUAUCCUCUGUCUGUUGUGAAGUACAUAGGUAUGUCAGACUUACAUUUUUACAUGUACAUACUGUUGACAUAGGUCAUGGUGGUCCACUUUCUUAAGUUACUGGUUCAUACUUUGUAACGGUGGAUGAUGUAUGUUACUGAUAAACUUGUUUUAGAGCCAAGAAAUUCAGUUUACCAGACCUGCCAGAAUGCAGAAUAUUAAUGGAGGUAGGUGUGUUGGUAGUUACACACACACACACACACACUUAUUCUGUGGAUGCUUGACUUCAAAUCCAGUUUAGGUCACACGUGAAUGGAGUAUGCUGGUCCUAAGCCCCAAGCAGACAGAUGUUAUUUGAGUGUUUUAUGUACGUAUAAUUGCACAAAAGGGAGAAUUAAAGGGUGGGGGAAAAAACUGACCAGUUACAUUUGAGAACAUUUCUAAUAUUUAGGCGUUCAGUCAAAGAGUCUCUCAAAGGGAAUUAUUAUUUUUGGAAAGUCUAUUACUGCAUAAGCACUUGUAUCUUACCAAAGUCACUUUCCUCACAAGAUUAAACUGUGAAACCCAGAACAUACUUUAACUGGCUUUUUCGAGGCAUUUUCUCUGCUGUAUAAUGCAACAGAACUUGUUUUGUCUGAAGUUGUAUGAAUUUUUGCAUCCUUUGUGUAAGGUUUUUUUUUUAUUUAACUGAACAAACACCCAAUGCUAGUACUGUAUUAUCAUUUUGUGUUGUUUUAGAUUUGUUAAAUAAAA